AUGUCUGCCCACCACGAAGACGAACUCGCUCCCAGCCAGACAGAGGGCUACAAGCUCGGCCAGUCCAAAACCGUCGCAGAGCUCGCAGCCCUCGACCAGGAAGACGAGUCCCUGCAGCGAUGGAAGCAGUCCCUCGGUAUCGGCGCUGCCGGCGGUGCUGGCGGUGAAAAGAAGGCUAUCCUCAAGUCUCUCUUCCUCACUUCUCCCACCCUCCACCACCCCAUUUCUAUCGACUUGUCUCAGUCCAAGGACCAACUCGCCCAACUCAAAAAGGAACCCCUAACCAUCAAAGAGGGCGUCGAGUAUUCUGUCGGCAUCACCUUCCAGAUCGCCAACGAGAUUGUCUCGGGUCUCAAAUACAUCCAGGUCGUCAAGCGGGCUGGUAUCACUGUCGACAAGACGGAGGCCAUGCUCGGGUCCUAUGGCCCCCAGGAGCAGCCUUAUGAAAAGAUCUUUGCCAGUGAAGAGAGCCCGUCAGGUAUGCUUGCCAGGAGUGGUAGCUACGUCGUGAGGAGUCGUGUCAUUGACGAUGAUGCGACUGUCUGGCUCGACUUUGAGUGGGGAUUCAAACUCGGCAAGGAAUGGUAG